UGGAAAUCGCAGGCAAAGGAUUUCCUUGGAGGUGGUUGUCUUCAUUUUGGCUUUGGCUGUUGAGUGGAAUACGAAAAAAUAAUGUCAUGGAUAAUAAUGGGCGGUCCUAUACCCAUUCACAUUGCAAUAAUAAUGGACGGCAAUCGCAGAUUCGCGCAGAAACAGCACAUGGCAAAGAAAAGUGGCCAUGAAUUCGGAGCAGAAAGCUUAAUGCAAAGCCUUAAACAUUGUUAUGAAUUUGGCAUCAAAUAUGUGACAAUCUACGCCUUCAGCAUCCAGAAUUUCAGGCGCUCGCCAGAGGAAGUGGAAGCGCUCAAGGAAUUGAUGCAUCAAAAGCUCCAAGCCCUCCUAGAGAAGGAAAGCCUAGUAAACCAGCUCGGCAUCCGGGUUUGGCUGCUUGGAAAACUAGAUCUUCUGCCCCCCAGCCUCCACCAAACCGUCGAAAAAGUCAUGGCACGCACCAUGACCAAUAACAGAGCAAUUUUGAAUGUAUGCAUUGCAUAUACCUCUACAAAGGAAAUAAUGCAAGCCGUUGCAGGAGCCGGCCGGAGGUUUGAAAUGGGCGUUUCAAUAGAUGAUAUUGAGAGGCAUUUGUUUAGGGCAGUUUUGGAUUACCAAAGGGCCUACCCUAAUCUCAGGCAUUUGGAUUUUUGACUAUUGGGUUCCUCA